CUUAGGGUUCGCGCCGGACCAGGGUAGACAAGAACUCACCCAUACCGCUGGUCAGCUAUGUCACGCUAUUACACAGACACACAUGCACACACAUAUGCAGACGUCCCUGUCUCCUUCUCUCUCCCUCUUUCUCUCAGCUACUAGGUAGACGAACAAGACGUCCAUCCACACACAUAGCGAAGAACACACACGCACACACGCACACACACACACCACACACACACCUGACUUCAUUUCUCAUUCAACCUCUUCGAACGAAUCGACUUCUCAAAACAGCUGCACAGUGGGCACUGAGGUCAGAGAGAGAGACAGAGAGAGAGAGACACGUGCCCCUCCCUACAUAGGUCUGCACAUGCAUGGGCGGCACCGGCCUCCUCUACACACACCGCACCACACCCUGACUGACUGACACGCGGCCACCACUUGAUAAAGACAGACAAAGCAUCAAAUAAACCACACACCAACAUCGCAACACAUCGCAACACACCCACACUUCCCCCAUCCAUCCAUCCAUUGAUCCAUCCAUUUAUCCAUCAGGGCAGGCCCCCGUGUGUGCGGCCGUUGGUCGCCGCCAUGCCGUCAUGGGCAGCCGAGGGCACCUCUCGCGACACAUAGCUGACAAUCGGCCGAUAGGACAUAGUGUGGUACACCUUCCUGCCGCUGCUGCCAUUGAUGGUGCGGUUGGCGGCGGGGACGGUGGGAGAUGGCCGCACACACAGACACACUGACACCCACAGAGAGAGAGAGAGAGAGUCUGUCUGCCUGCCUGCCUGUUUUGUUGUUUGUGUACCGAUUAUGAGUGCAAAGACGCCGAUGAGCAGAGCGAUCCAGACGCCCUCUUGAGGCAGCACACCGACACGGCUGGGGGCAGUGGGCCGGUCCUGGUAGGACGGGCAGUGCGCCUCAACGAAGCCCACGAGCUGCCUCUGCUUGUCGACGAUGACCUCGUGGCCGACCAUGAAGGACAUGCCUAAAACCGCCGACUGCCGGCGAUUGUCGUCCACUGCCAGGCACCAGAUGCUGCACACACACACAGUCAGACACAGAGAGAGAGAGUGAGAUUGGGCGUGUGUCAGGUGUGUGUGUGUGUGCGUGCUGCUUGUGCUGCUUACUGGUCGCUGCCGCGUGCGUGAAGGUAGGAGGUCGGCCGCCAUGGCACCUUGCCGCCCCUACAAGCAAUCCCCACGCACAUGAUCCAUCCAUCCAUCCAUUUGUGCGACUCCCCUCCCUCCCUGCCUCCCUCCCUCUGAGGCUCCCUCACUUGAACUGCAGAUGGAUGGUGGGGAAGAGCUCAGCCGUGCUCCUCCCGCCCUUGAGCGACCAACACAUGUCCCCGCCACUUGGUCCUCCUGCUGUGUCCCCUCCAGUGUUGUCAGCGGCCACGCCCUCAUUCACCGAGGAGUGCAGCCGCCGACAGCCAGGGAUGGGCCCAACCCCACUGUGGCUGCUGCUGGUGGUGGUGGCGGUGGUAGAGAGGGGCGGUGGCGAGAUGAAGGUGCCGUCUUUGUCAUUAUCGGUGUGGUGUGUCUGCUGGUGCCUGAUGGUGUCGGUGAGGGGGCUGCUGCCGCGGAGGUUGUUGCCGCCGCUGUCUGGCGGGCAGAGAGAGAGGAAAAGCGCACGGAAUGACGGCCACACCGACUUGGGCAGAUACGUGUAGGUGGUGCCUAUACAGGGCAUCCCACCCACCCACCCACACAAACACAAACACAAACACAUCCCCCACACACACACACAGAGUCAGUAACAGAUAAUGGAUGUCAUGUGCACUCUCUCUCUCUCUCUUUCUCUCUCUCCGACCCACCCGAGUCGACGAUGGCCUGCACCCAUUCCUCAGUUCCCCAUCCAAGCCGGACAUCGCCCACCCAGCCCCCCUGGAUCGUCACCGCAUAGUACACUGACGGCACCAUACUCGUCCACACACCCUCACCACCACCAAACUCAGAGGAGGAAUUGCCGCUCCACCCCCCCACCGUCAGCAAACCUCCCUCUUCAGCCAGACAGAUGCUGAAGGCCCGACGCGGCACUGUCAUGGUGUCGAAGAUGGCGUCGAGGAAGGUGGGAUGGUCGCUCUGGCGGCGUGAUGCGAUGCCCAGGAUGCCCGAGGCCUUCUGGGUGCGGAAGAGCUUGUUCUCCUCUGAGUGGCACCCGGCGAAGGCUUUGACGGGGGGGUUGUCCUGCUGGCGGUCGCCCAGCUGGAUGAAGUCUGAGAACCAGUAGCCCACGAUCUGGCUGCCCUCGGUGUAGCCCUGCCGGUAGCUGCAACGGCCGUGUCUGCAGGCGCUCGAAGGGCACCACUCCAGCGGCUCUCCUCCCUCUCUCCAAACCGACAAAGACGGCUCCCCCUGUGUGCCACCAUCCUGGUGGUGACAGCUCUCCCAUUCGGCCGAUUGUGAGAGGCGAAAGUCGAAUGGCGAGUCGAUGUGGCUGCCGCAGUGGAGGCAGUUCUUGCAGGGGAAGGCGAGUAUGGUGCUGCCGGUGUCCAAGAUGACCGACUGCCGCUGCGGCACGGGGCUGCCGAUGAGCAGGUCGAGGUAGUAGUACCCCGUGCCGUAGAUGCCGCCAUACAGCUGCGCGUACUGAACCCUCCCAGCGCCGCCUACGGUGGCACUGGUGGCAGGUGGAGGAGAGGGGGAUGAUGAUGACCACUCGGACUCAUUAGUAUCCCCCACCGAUAGCCCCCGAUAAUGGGCACUGGCUAUCCUUCCCUCCAGCCCCCGUGUGUCUGCAGAGCUGCUGUCCUCGGUGGCUCCCCUCGGGCAUCCCACUCGCCAGAUCACAAGAAUGGCCGUGAGGGUAGCGACCGCACAGGCCGCCUCAAGCCGACAGACGCCGCGAGAUGGCUUCUCAUCGGGAGGAGCGCUCGGGAUGGGCUGAGGGGGUGGGGAGGGGGGCGGGAUGCUGGGCAUCAUCUGUCGGCCUGUCGCUCAGUAGCCCUCACUGGGAAGGAACACAACACACACGCAUAUGGAACAGACAGACAACCGAAAGACGACCGUGGCAGGUCCGUUGCUUUGCUCGAUAUUUCUCGCUGAUCUGUGCUUACCUAGUUCAUGGCGUUGAUCUGCCCAUCCUCCACUCCCUGCCACCGCCGGACGGCCUCUCGAAAGGCAGCUGACAGUCAAACUUAGCGGCGGGUGCGGGAAGGCCACCAAAACUUGCCGAGGAUUCUCUUCAUUGUCGCACAACACGUCCUCACAGUGCCGUGAGGGACGGAGGAGAAAGUCAC